GACUAAAAAUCAGUGAGGUUUAAAAUUUAGUUCACUUUAUGUGAUAGUGUUUUUUUAUAAAACUGUGAACUUUAAACAGUGUUACAAAAGAUAAUGUGCAAUCCAGUGGAUUAACUUAUGUUUCGUACUUACAUAUUUAUUAGUGACCAGACAUAUUUGAGGUAUUCUAUGAAUAUAAGACUAAGGUAACCUACACCUAGAUAGAUCGUGUAAAAUAAUUUUAUUAUAGACAGUAAUAAAUUUACCAUUGCAUGUAACAUAGAGUUAACUACGAAACUGUGUGAAUUUAUCUAUCGACAUAAAAACUGUGAUCCAAAUAUAACAAUAAAAGUAUCAAAACGUAUUAUUCCACUGAACACUAAAACCUGCUCUGACCUUUUGCAUACCUAAUCAAAGAAUCAUCCACAAAACAAAAGCAGCAAGCUAAAACAUUCCGCGACUGCAGUGAAACAAAACACGCUCUGCUGCUGUGAAACAAAACACGCUCAGUCGUUGAUUCGCGGGCUCACGGCGGCCAUGUUAGCAGGCGUGCGGGCCCGGCGGUGAUGCGCGACCCCGCCCCGCCCACCAUGAGCUCCUUCCUCAUGAACCCCGGCUACCAGCCGCAGCCGGACCCCAAGUUCCCGCCCUCCGAGGAGUACAGCCAGGCCGACUACAUCCCGCCCAACGAGUACUACCACCACCAGCACCUGCAGUAUGGGUACCAGCACCAGUACCCUCCUGUACAGCUGUCAAACUACGGCUAUGGGGGUUACUACCAUCAGUUACCGCAGCAUCCGCCGGUGGCGCCGCCCCCGCGACCGCCAGAGGCCGCGCGUCCGAACGACUCACACGAUUAUUCCAAUGAAGUGACUCCUGGGCUGGCUGAGCUAGGGUUGCGCCUAGAGAGGCACAUAGAGGAGGCGGCCCCGGCUGGCAGGAAGCUGCACGCGCUGGGCAGGGAGGGGUCGCCGGGGUCGGAGCUGGAUGACGAGCGGCUGCUGCUGGAGAGCCCCCCGGCCGAGGACGAUGACUCCUCGAUAUGCUCCGACAACACGGAUCGCGUCAUCUACCCCUGGAUGAAGAAGAUACACGUGGCUGGCGCGUCAAAUGGCACCUACCAACCUGGAAUGGAGCCGAAGCGGCAGCGAACAGCGUACACCCGGCACCAAAUACUAGAGCUCGAGAAGGAAUUCCACUACAACCGAUACCUUACAAGAAGAAGACGGAUAGAGAUCGCACACACGCUAGUCCUCUCAGAGAGACAGAUCAAGAUCUGGUUCCAGAACAGACGGAUGAAGUGGAAGAAGGACAACAAGCUACCAAACACGAAGAACGUGAGAAGAAAAACGAACCCGGCCGGAGUCACCACCACCAGCACCAAGGGAGCACCAAAGAGUAGAAGUAAGAACACAAACAACAACGACAAGAAGAAGUCUAACAACAACGGCAGGCCGGACAGUAUAGAGAACGUGACGGAUAAUAUAAUGAAUGAUCUGCAGUGCGUGGGCCAGCAGGGGCUGGGCCACGAGCAGGCGCUGAGCCCGAUGGCCCACGGUGGGGGGCUGGCGCUGACGCAGCACCACCUGCACAUGAUGGGCAUGCAGGGCAUGGACCCCGCGCUGGCCGCCAGCCUCGCGGCGCACGGCGCGCCCGCCCCCUGUGGCACUCUGCCCACCAACCAACCCGUCAUCAAAUCAGACUACGGUCUCACCGCCUUAUAAUCUUUAAAUAACGUUGCAAACUGUAAAGAAAAACUAUAUUUUCUCUAUGAAUAAAAUUAACGUACUUGUUUGUAAGUAAACUGAUUUCACCAUUCCUUUGUGUCGAUAAUAAAUUGUAAUAAAGUGAUUGUAAGAUUUUUAGUUGUUUAAGGUACCUAUUUGUCUAAUGUAAUUUUUAGGUUAACGAGUCAUGAAGAAUGUUUGGAUAGGUAAGUGGAAACUUUACAAUGUCAAAAGUGUGAUUAAUAUUAUUAUUUUAGUGUAUGAUUGUCUGAGUGUUCAAUGCAGGAAACAUUUUACAUUAAGUCAUUG